GCAUGGGAAGCCGACACUGUUGCCCUGAAAAUUAUCACAAGUCAUCGGGGCCCAGUGGAGUGAUGUUUUGCUUGUUUUUUCUGUUAAAAGUAUCCAGCAGUUGCGCACGAGCGAACGAUCGAACGAACCAACGUAGAGAAAGCAGAAAGGAAGGAAGCAAAGCUCAGGUUCUCUUCCAAUGUCGACUUGACGGCUACGUGUGCACCGACGGCCUCGGCCACGCCUACGCCUGCUUCCUUGAAGAUCGGAAACUGACUGCCCUUCACGUCAUCCUGUUGGCUUUCCUCCUCUCUCUCUCUCUCUCUCUCUCUCUCUCUCUCUCUCAUGUGCUCUCCGCAGCUUCAACGACGGGCAACAAGCCCGGCAAUCCAACAAGAAAAAGAUACGAUUCGGACACGUUUUCGGUGCUGGAAUUAACUGGCCCCACACGUUGACAACGACAUAUGAGCCACGUGGAUAUCAUUUUCUACGUUAUUUCUUAAAUCUCAACUCCCUCUUCCCCUCCCUCUGUUUCUGAGUCCGCCGGUUUGUUUGUUGUUUUGUAUCUUUCAAAUAUCAGAGACUUCAAAACCAACCUCUCCAAGUAAAAUUGGCUCCCGCAACCCGACAAUCUCAGCUAAAUAUGCCGCGAAUGUUCCUUCUCUUGUACACAUCCCCCUCUUCCCACUCACUAUGAUUCUUCUCUCUACCUUUUCUCCUCCUCUUAGCCUCUCCCAGCUGGCACACCAUAUAAUAAGAGACUCAGCCCCAGAACUUCUUCCACUUCAAUUUUUCAAGAACUCAGAAAACCAUAGUCAGUAUUAACCCAACCUCAUUAGUCACAUAGUUCAAUCCCACAACACCAAAUCCCUCAACAAUGGCAGGGGUUAGCAGAUUGCUUCACCUGUCCAGGCAACCACAGCAAUUCAAUUGUCCAUCAUCUUCUUCUUACCUUACCUCUACUAGUUCCUCAUCAUCAACAUCACUGAGAUGCUCAUUAGGCAAAGCAGGGAUGACCGGAGGGAAGGAAAUUUCUGUGAAUGGUGAGAGGAAGUUGUCGGUUGCAGCGAAAGCUUCAACGACUUCAGCAACCAUGAUUUCUUUGGAGCCACAGACAAAAAAAGGAUUCAGUCUGCCUUCCCUUGUGUCAAAUGUCACAGAAACGGCUCUCAGGAUCUUGAGACACUCUUUGAAAAGGAGACCAUGGAGGCUCCAAGCUGAGAUGCUCAUGGAGAAAGCAAUCAUUGACUGCAGGUUUUUCACAUUUUUUGCUGUUGCCGGAUCCUUGUUAGGCUCGAUCUUGUGUUUUGUUGAGGGUUGCUUCCUUGUUCUUGAAUCAUAUUUCAAUUAUUUUCAUACGAUGAUGGAACACUCAGAUCAUGGACACGUUGUUGAGCUACUUAUAGAGGCCAUAGAUAUGUUUCUUGUAGGAACCGCCAUGCUUAUUUUUGGGAUGGGAUUAUAUGUUUUGUUUGUUGGUUCCAAUUAUAUUAAGAAGAAGGGCACAGGGCUGAUUCCUCGAUCCAGCUUUUUUGGGCUCUUUCAACUUAAGAUGCUCCCUGCUUGGGCAGAGAUGCAGUCAAUAUCUCAGGCAAAAUCCAAAAUAGGGCAUGCAGUGAUGAUGAUACUCCAGGUUGGUGUGUUGGAGAAGUUCAAGAACAUACCAUUGGUUACUGGGCUGGAUCUUGCCUGUUUUGCAGGGGCUGUAAUAGUUUCUUCAGCUGGCAUUUUCCUUCUCUCAAGACUCUCCAUGGGUGGAACAAAAGGAUGAAGUUAGCAAACCAAAUGGCUUUCAUGGCUUACAGGGACAAAAAUUUUAUACAGAUUCAAUCAUACUGAUUCUUUUUGUAGUACAAACUGUUUAUGUUUAUUUACCUUUCAGAAAGGAAAAGAGCCCACUAUGUAAUCCCCAAAGAGUUUGUAAGAAAGGAGUAAAAAAAAAAGAGGAGGAUUAUUUUUUUAGUAUAAACUGUAUAUGUUUAAAUACCAUUCAGAAA